AUGGUGGUGGAAGCUACCAGCGCUAAUGGCGUAAUCCGUGGCAGUUCUGGUGGUGCCCUGCGUAAGCACAGAAUGUGUGCGAUAUUGGUGGCCUUUCUAAAUGACCCACAAUGCCAAAACAAACAAGACGAACGAAAGGUUCAGAUUCCCUGCUGGGACAAACCUGGAUCUCCUUGUACCGACUACGCUGGCAUUUCUGUCAAGGAUCUUUAUUGUAAUGCCGAUGGAUACCAUGAAACAGCCUUUCAAGGAACUGAUACUUGCGAUGAAACCAAAGGUCAGAAGGAGACUGUGGACAUUCUCAAGAAUCAAUGCACAUAUGGGAUGAAAUUCAGUUCUUGCAUUCCAGGAGACUGCCACUUUGACGAUGAUGCUGUCAUUGUUGAUGGACUGUGGAGUGCUAAUGCUGUGGUGGAGGAGGGAACAGCUUUGGUUGUGUAG